GUCCACAGCAUGUCCUCCUCCGGCCCAGCUGCAGAGGGAGAGGGAACCCCCGCCCAGCCCGCGUCCGAGAAAGAACCCGAAAUGCCUGGCCCGAGAGAGGAAAGUGAAGAGGAGGACGAGGAUGACGAGGAGGAGGAAGAGGAGGAGGAGGAAGAAAAAGAAAAGAGUCUCAUCGUGGAAGGCAAGAGGGAAAAGAAAAAAGUAGAGAGAUUGACCAUGCAAGUCUCUUCCUUACAGAGAGAGCCAUUUACCAUUGCACAAGGAAAGGGGCAGAAACUUUGUGAAAUUGAAAGGAUACAUUUCUUCCUGAGUAAAAAGAAAACAGAUGAACUUCGAAAUCUACAUAAACUGCUUUACAACAGACCAGGCACAGUGUCCUCAUUAAAGAAGAAUGUGGGUCAGUUCAGUGGCUUUCCAUUUGAAAAAGGAAGUGUCCAAUAUAAAAAGAAGGAAGAAAUGUUGAAAAAAUUUAGAAAUGCCAUGUUAAAGAGCAUCUGUGAGGUUCUUGAUUUGGAGAGAUCAGGUGUAAAUAGUGAACUGGUGAAGAGGAUCUUGAAUUUCUUAAUGCAUCCAAAGCCUUCUGGCAAACCACCAAAAAAGACAUCUAAAAGAGAAAAACCUAAACAGAAAGCUACUUCUAAAAGUAAGAAAACUGUAAAAAGUGCUAAUGUUAAGAAGGCAGAUAGCAGCACCACCAAGAAGAAUCAAAACAGUUCCAAAAAAGAAAGUGAAUCCGAGGAUAGUUCAGAUGAUGAACCUUUAAUUAAAAAAUUAAAGAAACCUCCUACAGAUGAAGAAUUAAAGGAAACCGUGAAGAAAUUACUGGCCAGUGCCAACUUGGAGGAAGUCACGAUGAAGCAGAUUUGCAAGGAGGUAUAUGAAAAUUAUCCUGCUUAUGAUUUAACUGAAAGAAAAGAUUUCAUAAAAACAACUGUGAAAGAGCUGAUUUCUUGAGGCAGAGGAGACAUGACUUGUCCCGUGGAUGUAAAGAUCUGAUUUAUACCAUUAUACCAGCAAAGAGAAUGUAUUUCCUUUUCUAAAUCCUUGCAAGCAUUGUGUUGGUAGAACUUAUUGCUGAUCUUUUUAUCUUGAGUGUUAAGUAAAUUUGAGUUUGUUGUUUUAAAUUGCAUUUCUAUGCAGUUUUUAGUUUAAAAUUUUGCAUGGCAGUAACUGUUCCUUGCUUUUAUAGUUGUAUUUUGUACAUUUUGGAUUUCUUUAUAUGAGAUCAUAGAUUCUCGAACUGUUGUAGUUUUUAGCGCGCUUAGUAUUCGCUUGUUUCAGAAAGAACUUUUAAUCAAGUAGAACAAACUAUUCCUGACAUUUAUACAUGCAGAGACUAAGGCAGUAUUUAGUACACGAAAUAUUUUGAAUACACAUCUGUCAGUGGCAGUGUGUUCAUCAUAUUAAAAAUAUACAGGCUUCAGCUAUUGAGAUUCAAUUGGAAAUUUUCUGCUGCAUGUGUAUAUAUGUCAAAUUGUCAGCAUGACAAAAGUGACAGAUGUUAUUUUUGUAUUUUUAAAAAGAAUUUGUUGUAUAUAAAGUUUUUUUAUUUCUUUUGUGCAGAUCAAUUUUUAAACUCUAGGUAGGUAUCUUUACAGUUAAACUAUGAAAUGUCAGUGUUCGGCCAGAUGGUAUGACGGAGCAGUGAAAGUCAGAAUUCAGUGGAGAAAACACUGAAGGAACAGAUCGUUCUCUGCUUUGCCUUGGAAGUGUCAUCAAUUUGUAGUUUUAGUGUUAACUCUGCAAGUGUCUGUAGAUACAUUUUAUAUUAGGUAUCAACCAAAUCAGUACAUCAGAACUUCAAAAUUUGGGGACAGGGUGGGAUUAAGUACAAGCACAUUUGGCUUAUAAUAAAUGAAGUGAUUUUUAUUAACUGCUUUUGCCCAUAUAAAAUGCUGAUAUUUACAGGAAACCGGGCCACCUUUAUAAUUAUGAUAAAUGUAUGGAGUAUAAUGCUAGAAGAUAAUAUGUAGGCAAUAGUGGGUAUCUCUGACAAAGUAUUUCUCAAAAGUGAUAAAAGACUUAUUUUUAACAUUAAAGAACUUUAAUGUAUUUGUGGAAUCAGGGUUUUUGGGUUUUAAAUUUUGGCCAAUCAGGAUUCUAGGUGAUCAAUAUACAGACCACUCCUGAACGAGACUGUUUUUAAGUUGUCUUAAUCAGUUUAUUGAAUAAUCUCUGAAUUUUAAAAUAAAACAAUGCUACUUAUGAGAGAAUUAGGCCUUUGAUAAACCAAUUUGAGUGUUUAAAAUAAAAAUCCAUCCAUAGAAAUACAUAAAAAUGGUAUGUGUUGACGGUUAGGCUUUUUAACAGGUUUGACUUGUUUCUUGAUAAAUACAAAUGGAGUAAACAACUAAGUGAGACCUAAGAAUUGGCCUUUGAUUUUAAUAUUUAAUUUGUUCCUAUAAACCUUGUCAAUAAAAAUAAUAAAUCCAU